CUUCGCGUAAUUUGAAACCCCUCCUCGAGACGGGCUGAAGUCGUCGAAGAAGUGUAUGAUUAGAUUACAAAGUUGUUUUCUAUCGUUUUAGAUGAAAAAAAAAUUUAUAAGUAUUUACUUUACGUUUGCGCAGCCGCAUCAAUUGUACCCGAGUCAAUUCAUAGCAAAAAAGCAUCAAGAAUGAAGUUGGGGUUCGCCCAAUCCGCGUGGGCACGACUGGCCGUGAUUCUCGCUUUCGGGAAUGUGUGUCUGAUCGAAUGUGCGGGAUUUCGUGCUCGCUCUCAGCAAGUGGGGCAGUGCAUCAGCAAGUUGGCACUUCAGAUGGGAGGCUGCCACCUGAAAGAAGGAGAAGAGCGCAAGAAAUUCCUCGGCAAAGAAGUUCUCGCUCUUGAGUGUUUUGACAGCCGCAUGCAAGACCUUCUGAACGCCCCGGACAAAUACAAGUUGUCCGCCACUUGUCCAGCAGCGAACAUGCACCCCCUCGAACAGGCACGAAAGAUCUUUUCCGCUGCCGAGGAGUUGGUAGCACAGCAAGACGAACAAGCUGCUCGAGGACAGGAAGUACUGUCGAAGAGCUUGUGGCUUUCGCAGCUCCAGUGCGAGCACGAGCGUGUCACGGUGGCCCACCUCCUGCCUUUCCUAGUACAGAAGAGCGGGUGUGGAGAUCAAAAGCAAGGAAGUGCUGAAGCUUUUGCCUGUCAAGGUGAUCAUGCCGUGUUGACGCAGAACAAUUUUGCGGUGCAUGCGCAGGAGACUCUGUUGUCUGUCGUGUCAAGGUUCGAGGUUCAAGUUAAGAGCCAUUACUUAUGGAGGAAUGCGUUUCUCGAUGAGCGUGAUGAUCCCCCCGAGGAUGUGGCAGAGCCCCAGACGCCAGAUUACGCGCGUUUUUCCUACAAGGUCGUGGCGCUUCUGAGCUUGAUCGGGGAGAUGUCGCGGAAUAGUACAGAUCUGCAGAUGACCAUGACGUCGUGCGCGCCGGGCCUGGGGAAGAUCGGCCGAGGGCACCAGGCUGCCACUUUGAAAAGUGCUGAGUUGCUGCACUUGCUUGCUGGAUUUGCGGAAACAGUCGAUACCGUUGAGAGGAAAGUGCAACGGCUUCAAACUUUCACCAUGGAGAAGUAUCAUGAUUGGAACUGGCGGCAUGAUAUCGGAGAUGGAAUGAAAGGCAAAGUCGAUUAUGCCUCGCGUAAAUUCAUUCAGGACCCAUCCCUGCAACAAUCGAAAUCGGAGUGGCUCCGGCGUGUCACGCAGGAAGAGUGCGAAAGCCCCUUGGAGCCCUUACGGGGUCCACUGGCAUGGCACGCAGAAGAGAUAGCACGGCAAAUGCAAUUGGUAUCUCGCAGAAAUCAAUGAAGCCGCUCCACUGGAAUGAACACUUCUGCGUUGAUGUCUUCUAUGAUUGAUCUGCAGAAAAGCGUUGCACCAGCAACAACGCAUCGUGAAAGAUGUCCCAGCAACAUGGAGCAUCUCGUAUGUGCCACUGAGUGGCGCGCAAAAAUUAUAUUGUAAAGAACGGUGGAUGUGUAUGUGAAAUAGCUGUUCUCCUGAAAAAGUUAUUUUUUAAAGACGCAAAACCAAAACAAUAAACGAAAAGGAAAACAAACUGCAGUCUAGCCGAUGCGCCAAAGGUGCCGCAGGUCCUUCACAGUUGAUGGGGAUGUCUAUGACGAAGCUUUGCAAGCACGAAGGCAUAGCUUCGCCUAGAAUGAUGAAAGAAAGUGCGUCUGGAACUAGGAAAGAGAGCCCGGCGUACCAGAAGCUGUCAUGUUUGCAGAAGAAGCUUUUCCUUUUGACUUUUUGUUUCCGAGACACGGGAAGAUGAUGACUGGAACAGCACAUGAGGUGUUCGAAGCUCGUACAUUCCCUCGGACUGUCGAAAUACAUGGCGCAAUCUCUCUUGGCCGUACUUGAUCCCUGUAAAAACCGCUCCUGGAUCUUUAUCGACGCCUGGAUGGGAGCUAUUCAUAUUCUUGCUUUUGGUUGCUGGUGGCACAAUUGAUCGAAAAAAA